CUGGGUAUUGCCCAAGUAAUUUCAGUAUAACGAAUGGACAAUUCAAUGCGAGUAGCACUCAGAUUACAGGAACGGCAUCGGUCAAAUGUGAUCCAGGGCAUCGUCCAUCGAAACCUACUCCAAUGAAUUGCCACGGACACAAUGCUACGCACGGUGUGUGGGCGAAUCCAGUAAGCUGCAAUGCAUAUAUGCGUUGCCCCAGUGAUAUCAAAGUAAAGAAUGGAGUUGUUACUGUUAACAGUAAUUACACUGAUGGAACUGCAACCGUUACAUGUAACCAAGGCUACCGACCACCAAAUGCUUUACCAAUGAAGUGCAAGGAACACAAUGUGACGCACAACGUGUGGACCAAUAUACUUACCUGCAACCCUUUCUCUGGGUAUUGCCCAAGUAGUGUCAGCCUAACGAAUGGACAAUUCAAUGCGAUUAGCACUCAGAUUAAAGGAACGGCAUCGGUCAAAUGUGAUCCAGGGUAUCGUCCAUCGAAACUUACUCCAAUGAAUUGCCACACACACAAUGCUGCGCAUGGCGUGUGGACUAAUCUAACAAGCUGUAAUGUAUAUAUGCGUUGCCCCAGUGAUAUCAAAGUAAAGAAUGGAAUUGUUACUGUUAACAGUAAUUACACUGAUGGAACUGCAGCCGUUACAUGUAACCAAGGUUACCGACCACCAAAUGCGUUGCCAAUGAAGUGCGAGCAACACAAUGUGACGCACAACGUGUGGACCAAUAUACUUACCUGCAACCCAUAUAUGCUUUGCCCCAGUGAUAUCAAAGUAAAGGAUGGAGUUGUUACUGUUAGCAGUAAUUACACAAAUGGAACUGCAACCGUUACAUGUAACCAAGGUUACCGACCACCAAAUACUUUGCCAAUGAAGUGCGAGGAACACAAUGUGACCCACAACGUGUGGACCCAUCAACUAAGCUGCAACCUAUAUAUGCGUUGCCCCAGUGAUAUCAAAGUAAAGAAUGGAAUCGUUACUGUUAACAGUAAUUACACAGAUGGAAAUGCAACCGUUACAUGUAACCAAGGUUACCGACCACCAAAUGCUUUGCCAAUGAAGUGCGAGGAACACAAUGUGACCCACAACGUGUGGACCAAUCAACUAAGCUGCAACCUAUAUAUGCGUUGCCCCAGUGAUAUCAAAGUAAAGAAUGGAAUCGUUACUGUUAACAGUAACUACACAGAUGGAAAUGCAACUGUUACAUGUAACAAAGGUUACCGACCACCAAAUGCUUUGCCAAUGAAGUGCGAAGAACACAAUGUGACGCACAACGUGUGGACCAAUAUACUUACCUGCAACCUGAAGCCUGCUUACUGCUCUAGUACAAUCAAUGUAACCAAUGGAGUUGUUCGUGUUAACAAAGCUUAUCUUGGCGAAGAGGCAAACGGUACAUGCAAUCGAGGCUACAGUCCAACGACUAAUUCAACGAUGAAAUGCAUGGUAAAGGAUGAAUUAGCCGGUGUCUGGACUAAUGUACUAAGCUGCAACCGUCGCCCCAAAUACUGCUCGGCGGAAGAGAUCAAAGUAAACAAUGGAGUUUAUUAUACAGCAGAUACGUACAUUGGAGCAGUGUACCAACUUUUAUGUGACCCAGGCUUUCGUAAAUCGAAAAAAUCAGAAACGACAUGCCAGGCACACAAUGAUACGCACGGUAUUUGGAGUAACAUACUGACCUGCAACUUUAUCCAUGGCUAUUGUUCAAGUGCGAUCAAUUUAACAAAUGGAGUUGUCCAUGUCUCCAAUACACACGUUGGAGCUGAGGCAAAUGGUACAUGUAAUCAAGGUUACCUCCCAUCGAAUAACUCAACAAUGACAUGCCAGGAACAGAAUGCAACCCAUGGUGUGUGGGAUAAUCUUCUAAGCUGCAACCGUAUCUCUACAUAUUGCUCCACUGUGACCAGCAUAAUCAAAGGAGUUGUGCAUGCGAACUAUACACACAUCGGAGCGGAGGCGAAUGUUACAUGUAAUCACAGCUACCGUCUAUCGAAUAAUUCCAAAGUGACAUGCCAGGCAUACAAUGAUACACAUGGUGUGUGGAAGAAUCUAAGCUGCAACUUUUAUUCGCAUUGCCCAAACUAUAUCAAUGUGCCAAAUGGAAUUGUUCUUGUGUUCAAUAAUGACACUGGAGGAGAGGCAAAUGUUACAUGUAAAACAGGAUAUCGCCCAUCAAAUAAUUCACCAAUGAAAUGCCAGGAACACAAUGCUACACACAAUGUGUGGACCAAUCUACAAAGCUGCCUUCUGUAUUCGCGUUGCCCAAAUAAUGUCCAUGUACCGAAUGGGAUUGUUAAUGUGUUCAAUAAUGACACUGGAGGAGAGGCAAAUGUAACCUGUAAUACAGGAUAUCGCCCAUCAAAUAAUGCUACACUGAAAUGCCAGAAACACAAUGCUACACACAAUGCAUGGAUUAUUCCACUAACCUGCAAAUCUCAACCUAUCUCUUGCCCGAAAAUAAUACCAAUAAGCAAUGGAAGCUACCUGAUUUUCGGAGAAACAUACGCUGGAUCUGUGGCAACCAUUGCAUGCAACCAAGGUUAUCGUUCACCUAAUAAUUCCACAACCACAUGCCAGCCACGCAAUGAGACACACGGUGUGUGGAAUAAUGUACUUAACUGCAAUUUGUAUUCGCGUUGCCCAAAUAAUGUCAAUGUACCGAAUGGGAUUGUUAAUGUGUUCAAUAAUGACACUGGAGGAGAGGCAGAUGUAACCUGUAAUACAGGAUAUCGCCCAUCAAAUAAUGCUACACUGAAAUGCCAGAAACACAAUGCUACACACAAUGCAUGGACCAAUCUACUCAGCUGCGACCCUAUCCCAACAGCAGCUCCAUCGACUAGCUACCCAACAACCACUGCUCCAACAUUGAGCCGCAUGACUGCUCAACGCACCACUCCAACAGUGAGCCACGUGACUGCUCCACCCAGCACUCCUCCAACAGGCACAACUCCAACAGUGAGCCGCGUGACUGCUCCGCGGAGCACUGCUUCAAGAGGCACAACCUCAACAGUGAGCCUCGUGACUGCUCCACGAAGCACUGCUUCAACAGGCACAACUCCAACAGUGAACCGCGUGACUGCUCCACGGAGCACUGCUCCAACAGGCACAACUUCAAUAGUGAGCCGUGUGACUGCUCCACGGAGCAGUGUUCCAACAACAAGCACUAAUUCAAGAGGCACAACCUCAACAGUGAGCCUCGUGACUGCUCCACGAAGCACUGCUUCAACAGGCACAACUCCAGCAGUGAGCCGUGUGACUGCUCCACGGAGUACUGCUCCAACAGGCACUGGUAACAUAGUUGCUGCUCACACGGCGCAUGCUCCAGCAACUACAGUCGCAGCAAGUGCCUCCAAGGCAGUCUCCAGGAAUACAAUUUCACUUGCCUCCAGCCCAGUGAACAGUUUGGCAAGCACUGCAACAACAAGGCCUCCAAUACCUGACAGUAAUGAAUCCAUGAAAGCCUCACCGAAUUCCACACAGGUACUGUCUGCCAUGACUACUGCAGAAAUGUCAACCACCUCAACCAUCACAGUACACCACAGCAAUUAUAAAAUGGACACUCCAGCACCUGAGAGUUCAACUUCAGCUGCACCUACAACAGACGUAGAAGUCAAAGGAGCUUCCAAUACUGGUGCUAUCGUUGGGGGAAUUUUCGGAGGCUUAGUAGGUAUUUUGGUAGUCGCCUCACUUUUUCUAUUCAAACAUUCAAGCAGGAACCAGAUUUUCAGUGUGAACCAAAAAUAUCCUGAGGUAGUGGUGCAGCAGUCAAAUUGUACCAUUAUGGAGGAUUUCAGUGGAAGUGACAAUAUUGAUAAACGCGGGAGCACUGCAGCAUUGCUUACCGGUAUUGAUCCAUCCAAGGUGGCUACCAUGGAAACAGGCUGUGAGAGCACGACCAAAGAGGUCUAGUAUGGCCACACGUCUCUGUGGCUGUGGAAAAGGACAUUGAUUAGCUGUACACUGGUUGUACACUGGUACACUGCCAAAACUCUCCCCGAGCUGAAGAUAGUCACUAUGACCCAGUAUGAUGUGAGCACACCACAAUGCCAGUGUUUGAGAAGGAAGUAACAGUUGAUUGAUACAAUUAUCAUGAUGGUGCAUCAACAUCAUUGCUAUCUCUGCAGCUCGCACAGCCUGAUGAAAAUCAAUAGGGUAGUUCUUGGUGGUUUCCAACCAUUAUCUGCUAAGUCAAUAUUUCAAUGUUUCUUUCUAGAUGUUUCAGUGUUUUCUUUUUCAUGCAUUCAUUUGAAGGUUUGGAUGUCUCUUUCUCCUCUCAAUUUAUCAGUGCCUGCGUGUGCGAUCUAUCCUGAGACUUCUGGUCGGAUGGUUUUCUGUGGCAACUCCAUGCGCCUUAUCUGUUUAGCAAUGCUCUCAUCC